UGUUCAUCUCCCUCCCCCGCCUUCUUUCAUCUCUCUCUCUCUCUCUCUCCAACUACUCGCCGGCCGGCUGUUGAGGAUAAUGCGGUGGAUCUGAAGGCUUCUUUCACCUACUUUCUGUCUAGAAGCUGUCCUCUAGGGUUUGGUUUGUUUGUGGUUUGAGAGAGAAGAUGGAGGCGUCCGGAGAAGCAUUCCGGCAUGAAAUGGUUGAAGGAAAAGCCUGUUUGUCCCGAGAAGCUAGAUUAUAAUAUUAAAAGUGUAUAAGGCUUCAGCGAUUGAAAUCAGGGUGUUCAACUGAUACUAUAUGUGUCAGAAACAUUAUGAAUCGAAGUGGAGGUGAUGCCUUAAGGGGUCCUUCUCCAUGUGGUGUAAGAUUACAUAAAAGUGCAGACAUAUUUUCUCAAUCAACGGGAGCUUCAAAUGAUAAACAUGUAUUUAUCAAGCGUGGGGUUUCUAAAUUUGACCUAGAUGAUCUUGAAUGGACGGAAAAAAUUCCAGAGUGUCCUGUCUACUAUCCAAGUAAAGAGGAAUUUCAAGAUCCCUUGGUCUAUUUGCAAAAGAUAUCUCCUGAGGCCUCUAGAUUUGGUAUAUGCAAGAUCGUUUGCCCAUUCAGUGCUUCUGUGCCUGCUGGUAUGGUACUAAUGAAAGAGAAAGUUGGUUUUAGAUUUACAACCAGAGUGCAACCUCUUCGUCUGGCUGAAUGGGAUACUGAUGACAAGGUUACUUUCUUCAUGAGUGGAAGAAGUUACUCCUUUCGAGAUUUCGAGAAGAUGGCGAACAAGUUUUUUGCUCGUAGGUACUGUAGUGCUGGAGGCCUUCCAAACAGUUAUAUGGAAAAAGAGUUCUGGCAUGAAAUAUGUUGUGGGAAGACGGAAAGUGUUGAAUAUGCCUGUGAUGUUGAUGGCAGUGCCUUUUCAUCUUCUCCUAGUGAUCAGCUUGGCAAAAGCAAAUGGAAUCUGAAGAAACUUUCUCGGCUUCCAAAAUCUAUCCUACGUCUGCUAGAAACAACAAUUCCGGGAGUUACUGAACCGAUGCUCUAUAUUGGAAUGAUAUUCAGUAUGUUUGCCUGGCACGUAGAGGAUCAUUACUUGUAUAGUAUCAAUUAUCAUCAUUGUGGGGCAGCAAAAACUUGGUAUGGUGUUCCUGGUCACAUGGCAUUAAAUUUUGAAAAGGUGGUGAAGGAGCAUGUUUAUAGCCGCGAAAUUCUGUCAUCUGAUGGGGAGGAUGGAGCAUUUGAUGUUCUCUUGGGGAAAACAACAUUAUUCCCUCCAAAUAUUUUGUGGGAACACAAUGUUCCUGUCUACAAGGCUGUACAAAAGCCUGGCGAAUUUGUAGUUACCUUCCCUAGAGCUUACCAUGCAGGAUUUAGUCAUGGGUUUAAUUGUGGUGAAGCUGUAAAUUUUGCAAUGGGUGAUUGGUUCCCCUUAGGAUCAGUUGCUAGCAGGCGUUAUGCUCUUCUUAACAGGAUACCUCUCCUCCCUCACGAUGAACUACUAUGCAAGGAGGCUAUGCUGCUUCAUACUAGUUUGGCACACAAAGAUCCUAUAUCAUCAUCUAUGGAUUUGAUAUAUCAUCAAGUCAUUAAAGUUUCGUUCGUAAGGUUGAUGAGAUUCCAGCAUCGAUCUCGAUGGUGUCUUAUGAAAUCAGGCUCUUACAUGGAUGUUUCCACAAUUUCCCACGGAACUGUUUUAUGUAACUUGUGCAAACGUGAUUGUUACGUAGCAUUUCUCGACUGCAGUAGUUGUUUGCUUCCAGUGUGCCUUCGUCAUUCGGCAUCUACCUGUCAAUGUGGAAACAAGCUUACUCUAUAUCUGAGGGAUGAUAUCAUCGAAAUGGAAGAUGCUGCCAAGAAGUUUGAACUGGAAGAUGAUGUGAUAUCUGAUAUUCAACCGCCAUAUAGAAAUAGUGAUGAUUAUUUUGAUUUAUUGAGCAAAUUCCCCAAAGCUGAAGAGGAUGGAUAUUCUCCUUAUUGUGAUAUCAACUUGGAAAACUUGCAAAGGAGUGGUGCAUCUUCACAAUCAGUUGGUUAUCAACAAUGUUAUGGAGGUUCGGAGAUUAAGAAUGGUGCAAAAUAUCCAGAGAGUGAUGAGUCUGACUCAGAGAUAUUCAGGGUUAAACGCCGUUCCUCGCUGAAACUGGAGCAGAGAAGUGAUAACGAUUCUCUCACAAAAUUCCAUCAUCAGGGUAUAAGAAGACUAAAAAGAUCAGAGGCAAGAUUUGAGAAGCCAAAAUGUAUCGAAAGCUCGAUAAUAACAAAUGACUGUGGGUUAAGCAGUUCUAGAGCAUGCCUCAAUAGUGUUUCCCGGGAUAUGGUUGGUAGACCUCCAAUCUCAAUAAAGUUAAAGAGACCGAAAGAAGAACACGAGACUACAUUCAUGGAACCCCCCAGGAUAGACAAUAGCAGGUUGUUCAAGAAAGACUUGGGAAACAUGAUAAGAGAGCCAACUGUCGAGAUUGGACCACCGAAGCGCCUCAAAGUGAGGGGUCUCCCAUCUUUUGGGUCUUAAGAUUUUUAGGAACUAAUCUGACACAUCUAUCUGUCUGAUCUAACACUGCCCUUUUGAGCUUAAGAAGGGUCCUAACAGCUAAAAGGAAAUUAUUCAUUUGGGGGAGGCAGUGGCAAGGCAAAGCAAAUCAUUGAUCAUUAACACAAUUGUAAGUAAAGAAAUUGAUUAAAUACAUUCUUUAUUUGCAUGCCCUUGAUUCUUUGUGGGGUGUUUCUCAAGCUCAAUGUAAAUUUGUUUAUUCAAGUCUUGAAGAUGCCUCUACUAAUGUUCAUUCUUUUUGUAGCAAACGGUUGCUUGCCCUUGAACUAUUUGAAUAGAAGGAAAACAAAAUUAACCAAUGGAAAUAUCUUAGUUUUUGUUCAAUAUUUCCUUUGAUAUAUGAGUUUUUUCUUUUUUCAUUUUU